AAAGACGGCGAGAGCCACUGGCGAUUUCCCGGUCAAGAACAGCGAGCCUUCAUUUCUCGAUUUGUCGCAACUCGAUCGGUUUCCUAGUGCGUUUGCCAUUUUGAUUCUCCCGCGCUGGCAAACUUUCCGCAACAACCCGAAGGAGCUUUAACCACUUGCCAGUCGUUAACCUGCCGCCAGAAUCACAGUCAGCCCGCCAUGAUGAACGCGCAGAGCCACUGGAACAUGAUGAACGCGCAAAGCCACUCGAAUAUGAACGUCUCGGCGCUGCAGCCGUCGCUUUCGCCUCAGUCCGUCACGCGCCGCGCCACUGUCGCCAACGACGGCGAAAUGUACCACCACCGCGCGUCACACGCUACUAUCGAGCGUGCCCCCAGAACCGAUAACAAAGUGGACGUGCAGAUCCUCAAGAAGCUGUCGGCCUCGGUCUCCCACUUCGAAGGCCCGCGCAAGAACCUGAGCUUCGUCGUGUCCGUGGAGACGCUCAUUCCUAGUCGUCGCGCCUUCUCGGACGAGCGUGAGUCCUGCCAGCUCGUGGCACGCUCCUUCGACGACUUUCGCCGCUUUCGCAAGUCACUUCUUGCCCGUGUCGGUAGCCUCCACAACCCGUCGCUGCUGCUCUCUGGACGCAGCGGCAAGUGCCGAUGUGAGGGCGCCAAUGGUUGUCCCUUUGACGUGACGCGCAGCUUCCUGGAGCGACUCAAGUUCACGCGGAUGCCUUUCCUCAGUCUGGGAGAAAGCGAGGCGGACAUCACGAAGCGCCAGCAGGAAAUGAACAACUUCCUCCACAUCAUCUUUGCCAUCCUGCACCGCAUGCAGCCUGGCUCAUGGCACCCGGAGUGCCGAUUCCUGCAGGACGUCAUGGCCUUCCUCGAGGUGGAGGAGUCAUUCUCAAACCAAAUGGACCUGCUCCUACGCUCGAGGAACCGUCACAUGAGUCUGGACGGCUGGAAGGCGCACACCCUUGAGACUUUUGGCUCGGGUAUCGGCGUGUAAAUGCCUGUGUCUUUCCCAGCCGAGACCAGCCUGUGGCUUCUGGAUCCACGGAUCACGAAUGAAGGGGUUCACCGCCUUCAGAGCCACAGAGGAGAGACAUCAGGUGUCUCUCACUAUUUUAUUUAUUCGACGACGUGAUGUAUUAGCCUUUGGCCCAUGCAGCGUGCAAAAGGGUGCAAGGCGAUAAAUUUUUCACUUGAACAAAGUGCAACGUUAUAAACACGAAAACCCAUUUUGCAUUUUUU